UGUACGAAUUCGCGAGAUUUUCUUUUCCAUAAUAUUGAUAAUACGUAGUUGUUUACACCCACAGAAAUGCGGAACAUUGAAUUUUCGCUUACCAGUUACUACGAAAAUGUUAUAUAACGCGUAGUUCUCGGUGUAAAUUAACGCAUAAUAAUAAAAUAUAUACUUUGUAUUCGUGUUGGCCGUUACAUUGUCUCAUGUUGUUCGAAUAGAAUGUAGCUGCGUCAUAUUGUGACAUAUUCAAGUUAAGUUUAUUUGCGUGUAGCACAUAAAUUAAAUGUAAGUAACCGAGUAUUCGUUAUUAUUUUUGUCAUUAGACUGUGUGUAGGCAGGUAUCCGCGAUGUAUACAUUUUAAAUAUUAAACUUACAGUUUCUAUCGUUAAAACUGCUGGUAACUCAUUGUAAAUCAGUUGUAUUAUAUUUUACUAUUUCUAUUUCCUCAAUUUGUGUUUGACCUAGUUUCUUUCUUCCUUUUUUUUUUUUUUUCUUUUUGGUUUUAUUAUCAUACAAACGUUUAUCUAAGUUUUAGGAGAAUUGUUUAUUCUUUAUGUACCAAUACAGAUAUAUGGGUACAUUAUAGCGUUUUUGCAAAAUUGAAUACAGUGCCGAAAAAAAAUUAAUACUUUAAAAACACUUUUAUGGUUUAAUCUUCGUCGUUUUAUAUUUGAAUUCAAAUUUGACUUGAUGUUAUCAUAUUAUUAUAGCAGUAAACAUGAAAGUUGCUUAGUAGCUUAACCAAACACUAUGAAUCAAAUGAUUUUUCUCCGUUUCCUAACCUAACAGUAGUAGUGAACUUUAAAAGUUACUCUACUAUACUAUAUGUUAAAAACUCUUUUAAAUAUAUUAAAUCUUUGUAUUACAUUGUUAACAACACUCUUCCAGAUAUUGUUAAAGAUAUUGUAUAUUUUCAGAUGAAAUUACUGUUGUUCAGCGUUUUGCUAUUGUAUGUUGGUCAUUGCUGGUCAGCCAACAUACUAGCUUUUUUACCUACAUUUGCUCGAAGUCACUAUGGUCCUUUCCAACCCAUGUUAAAGGAAUUGGCUGUUAGAGGUCACAAUGUUACUGUCGUGUCGCAUUUUCCUUUGAAAGAUCCGCCACCAACCUAUCAUCAUAUCGAUGUCUCGAAACAAAAAAAUGCGGACGAUAAAAGUAUUUAUGUUGCUACAUAAUUAUUAAUUAAUUAAUAUAAAUUUGUUGAAUACGUAUUUUAUAAUGGUAUUUUUUCAGAUUUUAGCAUGUUGUCUAUUGCUCAAUACUUAAAACCGUGGGUUAUUCCUGUGGGAACAUUGUUUUUUGGACCUCAGAUAACCCUAGAAACAUUGGACAACACAAAAGUCAAAGAAUUUAUUCAUUCAGAUGGUUAUAAAUUUGACGUUGUUAUAUUUGAAAAUUUCCAACACGAAUGUUUUGUAACACUAGGCCACAAAUACGGUGCUCACGUUAUUCAACUCAUUCCAGCGUCACCGGUUGCUUUUCUUUCUCAAUGGCAUGGUCAGCCAUUUAAUCCUUCUUACAUUCCUGAUCCUAAUUCUGGAUUCACAGAUAAAAUGCCCUUCUCUGUGCGGAUAAUGAAUACCAUUGUGACGUGUCUCCAAUUAGUUUUAUAUCCAUUGUUUUAUAUGCCUAAACAAAAUGAGAUUAUGUUAAAUCAUUUUAAUUAUACGGGUUGGGAAAGUAGACCAACAUUGGAAGAAAUGUCAAAAAAUAUAUCAUUAACAUUGAUCAACACACAUUUUACAUUAGGAACACCUAGGCCUCUAGUUCCAAAUUUUAUUGAAGUAGCUGGUAUGCAUUUAAAGCCUGCUUCAAAACUGCCAAAAGUAAUAUUUCAUUGUGAUAUCAUUAUCUCUUACUAAUUUUAAUACUUGGUAUUUGUAGGAUUUACAGGAGUUUAUGGACACCGCACCUCAUGGUGUUAUUUAUUUUAGUUUUGGUUCUGUUGUCAAAGCCACACAUUUGCCGAAACAUCAUGUAGAUAUGUUCUUGCGUCAACUUGGUAAACUUAAGCAAAAGGUUUUGUGGAAAUGGGAGUCUGAUGAAUUGCCCGAGUUACCAUCAAAUGUAGUGGUUAGCAAAUGGUUUCCUCAAGUUGAUAUUCUUGGGCAUUCCAAUUGUGUUCUUUUUAUCACCCAUGGAGGUAUUCACAGUACUGAAGAGGCCGUUUACUACGGAGUCCCAAUGUUGGCUAUAGCUAUUUUUGGAGAUCAGCUAUACAAUUCUAUAAUGAUGGAAUCAAGAGGUGCUGCUAUAAGAUUGAAAUACACAGAUCUUACCGAAGAUAGCUUUGCAGAUUCUUUGCACAAGAUUCUUGAUAAUCCAUUGUAAGUAUAUACGAUUAAAAAUGUUAUUAUUAUUAUCUAUACAAUUUUGAAAAAUUAACAUAAGACAUUUUUUUCUUUUUAUUGUCAGAUACAAAACAAAUGCACAAAAGUUAUCUAAAAUGUUUCACGAUCAACCAAUGAAGCCUUUGGACAAAGCUGUGUUCUGGAUUGAAUAUGUUAUAAACCAUAAUGGUGCUCAUCAUUUGAAAACUACUAAUAAUUCAUUAAAUUGGAUUCAGUUUUUGUUAAUCGAUGUAAUAUCUUUUCUUUUAAUAAUUGAAUUCAUGUUCCUAAUUAUUGCUUUUUACUUUAUGAAAAAAAUAUUAAACAUGUUUUUCAAAUCUACCCCAUCUAAUGUAGCCAUUGAUAAUGACAAAAAAGAAAAAUAAUCAUAGAGAUGAUUGAAAAACCUUCUCUAUAUUUUUAUUAAAAAUAUUUAAUCAAAUAGUGAAUUAAAUAAACAAAAUUACAAGUAGAUUAGUUAUUGUGCCAAAUUAUGUAGAUUUUUGAAUAUUAAUUUUUACUCUUUUUCAUAACUUUGCUUUAUUUAAGAAAUGUAUAAUUAGGCUUAAAUUUAAACAAAUAGUUAUUUAGUAUACGUUAACUUUAGAUUUAUUUUCAUAUAUUAAUUUGUCAUGUAUACUAUUCAUGUCAAUUUUAUUAUAUACUACUCUCAUUAUUAUAAGUACUCGCGUAUAUUAUAUCAAUCGGAUUUCCAAUAGCUUAUAACUUUUUUUUAAUUGAACUUCAGUACAAGUAUUUUACUUUUGAAAGAAAAGCUGUGCAACCAAUGUAUCUAACUUAUGAUUAUAGAAAUGCAUAUUUAUGUUAAAAUGGUUGACAGGAAUAAAUAAAUAAGAUAUAAGAUUAUAGUUUGUCUCCUACUAUUUAUUAAAAAGACACUUUCGUCUAUAUAAUAUUAAAAAUAUCAAAAUUUUAUUUGGAAUGAGUUUAAAAGACAUGUAAGUGACACGUAGUAUUAUUUUAAUCCUAAAAACAACAAUUGCAAAUUUAAUAAUUUGUGUAAAAAUUUUAUUCUGAAAUAUAUUUUAUAGUGGCUUUAAAAAAUUAUUUGUAUAUGUUUAUUUUUCAUUUCUCAGUUGAAGUUUCUAGAAUUAAACUUUC